CGAGUAAUAAAUACGUACCUUUGUGUCCGAUGUAAUAACGCAGAUAGAAUUCUCCGGACAUUUUGGCGGAAGUAAAUGUGAACUUAAUAGGAGAACACGAGCUUUAGUAACAAAUUAACAAUCCACAAGAACGGAUAAAUGGAGAAGUUUUGUCAACACAAACGGCGGUCGACAGGCGGUAAACGGCACGGCAACAGAGAUUAGGAACGCACAGUGUCGCCGCGCAAAAGAACGCGAUAAUUCCCGCGGCGGCGGUACGAAUCCGCGGCGCCGCUGACAAUCGUCUUCCGGGGUGCCGUUCGGCGCGGCGCGGGUCGCGGGCGCGAUCGAUCCGCACAACGCGUUUCUUCCAUGCCAUCGCAUCGCCGACGGUUGGUCGCUCCGUGAAUGCAUACUCGCACACACGCGCAAAUUCGCGACGUCCACAGACCGUGACGCCAUCUUAUGGCCAAUACGCGUUUAUUUGUGUUGGGCCGUACGUACGUGACGGAUUCGGAUAGCGUGAUGGUGGCGGAAACGCGUUCGUCGGGAAAGUAGCGUAGAAUCAUCGUCGAGCCGUCGUCGAUGCGCCAACACGGUCGCAUGUUUUGUAUAAAUAGUUUUGUUAUUUAUUUAUAUGUUUUUUUUUUUCCGUUCCGUUCCCCCGUUUCGUCUCUUCGCCGUAGAUUACGUACCUAUCAUCUUAAUAAUUAUAGCAUAUUAAGUAAUUCGUGAUAGUAAAUGUCGUGGAUAUAGCAAAUAAAAAAUAUAAAUAAUUAUAAUAAUAAUAAUACAAAUAAUAAUAAUAAUUAUAAUAUUAAUAGUAAUUGUAUUAAUAAUAAUUAACGCAAUAAUUUAAAUCGGCAAAAAAUGUCGCGAUAUCCGACGGCCGUAGAUCGUUUUAGAUAGCGUCGGCGAUAAUAAGUGCGUGCGCGGGCCCGUUCGUCAGUGCCGCCGUCGCCGUUUUCCGCGGUGUGUGUGCGUGUGUACUACGCGCGCCGAGUGCGACCAGCAGCAGCGAGCAGUUUGGUAGAUAGUCGCGAGUAGUCGUAGUCGUAGUACGUAGUGGUGAGAGUAGUAGUAGCGGUCGCCAGUGCGCGGCGUGUCGUGUACCAGACGUGUGCGUGUCCCGUGUCCCGUGAGACGGCCGACGAAAUGGAAUUGCGGUUGCACAGCCCCGUGGGCGCCGAUCCGGUCGCCUACAAAUGGCCAAUGAUCAUAGGAAGAGGCUCGGUAAGUACCCGCCCGGCACUGGGUGUAGUACCGAACGAACGUUUGAAACGCCGGGCGACGAAUACACGCUCGGGACCGAGACGUUUGAUAACGGGAAGACGGCCCGGGAUCUUUCGUCGGUUUCGGGGACGGCGGGUGGAGGGGAGGGGGGUCGGCCUUUCGGGUGUCGUUGGACGGCACGUAAAUAAUACCCGCCGUCGCGCGUUUUCCGACGUAUCGUACAAAUUACGAUGAUAAUGGUAAUAGUAAUAACAGUAACGAUAUCGCGUGUUUGUCGACGGACGACGAUGAUGACGGUUCAUUGAACUCGUCGUCGCCGCAGUCGGCCGACACUGUUCGUCUGUCGUCCCAACGCGCGCGCACGGACGCGCGGAUACCUACGCGCACGCACGCCAGCUUUCGGCGGUGUACACCUAUGGGCAAUAAUAAUGAUAAUAUUCGUUUACGAGGUGAUAGCGAAACGAAUAGAAAAAAAAAUAAAAAAUAAAUACCUAAACAAUAUUAGUAUCUCGCGGUUUGGUAAAAAAAAAAAAAUCGAUAAGCUCUCGCCGACGACGCUUUUUUUUAUAUUUAUUUUUUUCACAUUACCGCGUCAUAAUCCGUCGUCGCGCGCGAAUAUUGAAAUAAAAAAAAAAAAAACCCCAACCUAUUUAGGAUUAGCCUAACCGAUCGGCCGCAAAAAUCGUUCCGCUAUUUCUCGACGAUCGCGCGAGCGUUUCGGAUCGCCCUCCCCGCAGCGAGCGUUUCGCAGCGGACCUUUUCGUUGGCCUUUUUUUCGUUUUUUUUUUUUCCCCCUGUAUCAUUGCCCUCCGUCGGACGCGUACGAACGCGACGAAAUGCUCGUUCGGUAACGCCGCGCGCGUUUGUUGAAUCGUAUUAUUAUAAUUGUUGUUGUUAUUGUUAUUACUAUUACAUUUGUCUAUACCUGCCUACCUGCGUGCCCCAUGACCGGGUACCGAACAACAACCGGCCGGUGAUUACGGUGGCCUUUUUUUUUUGUUUUAAACGCGGCGGCGUGGUGCGUCUCGUUAACGCGUAACCCGUACGGCGGCCGAAACCGAUGAAUGAUAAUAAAUACGCGCCGUAACCGCUAUUGUUUUGUUAAUGGCGAAAACAACGUUAAAAACGUAAUCACUAACGACCGUAUUCUUUUGCGUUUCAGGACAAACACGACGGCGCACUGGGAAUCAUAGAAACAAUUAAGUGAGUACCUAAAACCGGCAAAAAAAAAACGAACAAUUCCCGCCAAUUAUCGUCGCGUUUCGAUCGCCCGCCCGCCCGUUACCGCGGUCGUUUUUGCAAACGCCUUUUCGCGGUUAUCUCGUAUCUAUGACGGCGCGGACGGCCGUUUCGCCGUCCCAAAACACGCGCGUUUACCGUACGGUAAAAUGCCGAUAAACACACACACACACACACACACACACACAAAAAAGAGGGGACACAGAAAAAUACAUCGGACGUACGCGAGCGUGUAAAUUCCGCGGACCGCAACGGCGGAACACCCGGAUAAAAAUAGCGAGGGGGUGCGCGUUCGCACACCUGCCCGCUCUCGUCUCCUUCCUUCCCCCCCACCUCCCGGGGCGCCGCUACUAACCGGUGGCGCCCGUGUUCGCGGGAAGAGGACUUGCGAGUGUGUUUACGACGAAACUGUUCGUUUUACAGUCGGGCGCGUUGUGCGUGCGAUUGUCGCGGGGCAAGUUUUAUUUCGCACUAUAAUCCGCACAAAAACAACGCGGGCCCUGGAAGUGUGGAGUGGGGGGGGGGGGGGUUGGUGUGCGUGCGGGAGAACGCGUGGAAUAAAUCGCGAUCGCACAAUGUGUAUGGUUAACAGUUAAUAAUUGUGCCGUUUUUAAUCCGCCGACGGCGUUUGUACCCGCGUUUGUUUUCGAUCGGUACCAAUCGAUAACAAUCUCGUGGUGCCGGCGUACCGUUUACGGCGGGUCUAGAGCGGCGCGGACGUUAUCGGAAGACCCGGCGCGUGUGUCCGAAACCAUUCGGGGCCGGCGGAAGAAUUCCGUCCCGUCGUCGUUUGAUGUAAUUUUCGCGUCCCGGAACCGAAACGCAUUUUCGCGCGAUACCGGCGAUAAGGUUUCCCGUCGUCGCGCGUGCGGUCGGGCCGACCGACAGAUUGUGUCCGUAGAAAACGGAGGGAAAAAAAAAAUCGACGUUCGAAAGUACCGAUUUCGUGUGUCGUACACGGUCGCUGCUGCACGGGUACGUUACGACUGGGCGAAAUAUUCGCGCGGUCUUUUUUUUUUCCGGUUCAAACGCGUGUCCGAAAACUAUCGUCGCGUUCUAUAUAAAUUUUAACGCCCGCUUCGCGUUUACGUGCUCAACACGAUUGUUAUUAUUAUUGUAUUGCCAUGCCGAAACGUUAUCUGCGUUUUUGACACGUGUGCGGUAAUUAUUAUUGUCGGUACCUACAAUGUGUACAAUCUGUCGCUCGAGUUUUUUUUUUUUUUUUUAUUAUUUUUAAUACGCACUUUUCCUCGUGUAAAACAAAAAAAAAAAAAUCGAAUCUAGAGUAAUCUAAAUAUUCAUUUUUUUUUUUCCUGUACGCGCGAAAUAUCACUCGUCGACCAUUAUAUAGAUACGUACUAUAAAACCGACGCGUAACCGAGUAAAAAACCGUCGGAACGUUACGGAAAUUUCACCGCGAAAGGGCUCGAUCCACGAGUUCCACGAGUACAAUUAAUUGGUAUUCGGUGAACAUUUCGAAUACUGGCCGCGGUCGUUCGUCAACCGAACCACCGACCGGUCGUAAGUGUUGUUCCCGUUUUCCCGACGGCGUAUCCCCGAUUAUCGCGAAAACCGCGUACGGGGAUAAUCGAAAAACGACCUCCCGAACGCGUCGCGCGAUAGACACCGAUAAUCGCCGUAAACACGUCGGUCGGACAGUAAAACCGAUCCAGAAUUUAAAAUCCUCGGUCGUGUCGUCGCUCGUCCCCGCGUGCUGGCCGACGGUUUAUAUUUCCGGACAAAAAAUACGGGAACGCCACACGGAAUAGUAUCCGGCACGUUAAAAAUUGAUAAUUAUUCCGUCGAAAAAUGCGCGCGGUCCGGUUAUUUUCGGUACGCCGCCGACCUUGGAAGCGGUUUUUUUUUUGUCUUCUCAUCGACCGUCGACGAUUCGCGCAAUAUUAUCAAAUUGUGUUUGUUUGUUUUCCUCCCGCGGCAAUCGUACACUUCCUGUCGGCGGAGCGUUGGGCGGUCGAACUCGCCGAAACCCGCGAUUCGUGAAAUUGUUUUGUUUAUUUUCUCGAAAAACCGACAUUCACAAUCGCCGCCGCCGCCGCCGUCAUAUUAUUGUGUCCAUUAUUCUCACGUCCUGCCCCGCGCGCGAUCGUCGUCGCGAAGAAGCGAACAGAAGUAUUAGGGAAGGGGAUCAUUACCGAUUUAUUAACGCAGACACAGUUUAGGAGGCCGCAAACCGGUUGUAUCAUCAUCGGUUUAACGAACUCUGGCCGCCGCCUGUCGCCACGGUCCGCCGUCCGUCACCCGCGAGGCGGCGGCGGUGGCUCGCACGCGCCCGCCCGCGUAUAGUAAGGCCUCCUCCGACCGGCCGAUCGGCGACAAUAAUUAUUAUUACCGUCGUCAUCAUUACAAUAUCAUACGUACGGGUACGCGGCGUUUUGUCCACGGUUGCCCGUUAAAUUAUUACCCACCGGCGGCCGCGGCUAUAAUAAUAUCGUAAUAAUAUACGUGUGUCGCGUGAUCGUGAAACCCGUUCUCGUUUCGUCUUUUCAAACAACAAUUAUUAUCGUUCGUCGCCCGGUCGCGUUUACCACUACACCACCCGUUUUCGGCGACCGACCGGCCUGUCCCGCCGGCGCGCAGGUGCGUCGAUAUUUUGUAAUACCCCCGCGAACGCACCGAACGGCCGGGCCAGCCGCCGCCGCCGUCGUCGUCCGUAUAUGCGACGCGUUCCCGAACACCCGUUUGUGCGUUUGUCCGACAAACGCGCGUCGCCCCUACAGCCGGCCGUACAGAAAAAAUUACCUACAAUGUAUGCGUUUUGUAUCGAACCGAUUAUUCGAGUGUAUACCUGUGUUUGUAUUGUAUGAAUCGUACGGCUGUGAAAUUGUGUACGUGCCGGACACGCGGGCCUGCCCGUUGUACGGACGGGGCAAUGAGCGGUGGAAAAAAAAAAAAAAGUGGUAGAAAAAGAAGAAGAAGAAGAACGCACAGCACAGCGACACAAUGGCGCGCGCGUAACAGCCGCGGCAGCGGCGUGUGCAUUAUUCGGCGGUGUGCGUAUAGGUAUACAGUGGGUACACGUAUAUAGCUUAACAAAAGAACGAAGACGAGAAGGGGACGAAUAGAAAAAAAAAUUGAAAUAUAAAAUGUACGAGAAAAGAAAAGAAGAAAAAAAAAAUGAUAAAUACAAUAUGCGCGUAUUGUUGUAUAGGUAUACACGGCUGAGAAGAAACCUUGGUCGGAAAACAACCGGUGCCAAUGCAUUUUUCUCCGCCGGGGCCCGUGUCGCCGCCGCCGCCGCUCCGUUUACUUUUUAACCGGUACAUUUUUUUUGUUCUUCCCGUUUUUUUUUUUUUUUUUUCCACAACGCGACGACCACGUUUCUCGUCCGCCGUGUCUCCGUGUAGUACGCGGACGCCGCCGCCGUUCGGCUUGCCGGCCGGCCGGGCAGGAGAGCGAUGACCGUGGUCGCUCGGGGCCAAUAACACGACCGUCGUGUUUUCAAGGACACGGCGGUUUGGCGGUAACCCUCCGCCCCGAUCGACCGGAUCCGUGAAUAAAAAUACGAGAUUCCUAUUGUCUGAUCGGGAAGAAAAAAAUAAGAAAAAAAUUGUAUACACAUAAUAUAUUAUGUAUACAUAUAUAUAUAUAUAUAUACUACGUAAUAAUAAUAUUAUAGGUGGGUAAUGAGAGUUCAUAGCCGCCGCGGGCGAUUUCGCAUUUUGACCGGUUUUUGUUAUUUUUUUUUCUGUCUUUUUUCGUGUGCGCUUUGGCAGGCCGCCGCCGCCGCUAAACUCUGAACCAGAAAAGAGUUCGUCGCGCGCGCGCCCGCGCGUCAUUGUCUCCGCUCUGCCGGGACGGUUCUUUUUCCGGUUUUUCUGUUACGGGCCGUCGCGUCAUUAUUACCCGCGGUCAAUUGUGUUUCGUUAACAAUAUUAUAAACGGACCGGACAAUCAUUAUUGUUAUUAGUGUAAUACGUACACGACCGAGACUCGGUUCGACUUGACCCCGGACUUUGGGAUGGCGUGCUAAAAUUUUAGACGCGUCGCAGAGGGACCCGCGAGUGCAACGCCCCGACAAUACCCCUUUACUCGACACCUGUUGUGUAAUGACAAAAGCGCGUUAAAUAUGAAAUAUAGGUACGUGAAUAAAACAUUCGGUCGAUACUGUAAAAAAUAAAAAAUAAAAAUAAAACGUAUUGGGUACGUAUAUCCGGAAGUGUGUUAAUUUUAAACUCGCGGGUGCUAAAGACCCCCUUGCUCCUCCCCCAUUCUCCUAGUUGCGUCUAUGACUCGGUUACAGUUCACCCAUUUCGAAAAUUAUUCCGAACCGCGUUUGAAAAAAAAAAACAAACGAUCUUUUUUCGCGUACGUCCAAAUCGCUGUGCGUUCGCGACACCGAAAAUUAUACGUAACACAUAUGCUAUACGAAUUAAGUAUUUAUUCAUUUUUGUUUUUUUUUUUUUUUUUUUCAUCGUCAAAUCUAAAAACUAAACAUUCGGGGAGUAAAUCAUUUACCAGUGAUAAAUAGCUACUGCUUUCUGAUAGUAAUGAUUGUCGACGUGCGUGAUGCGUCCUACAGUUGAUUUAAACUAAAAUAAGACGAAAAUAAUGGCAUGUAGUAAAUUAGAAUGGAAAAAUGGCUCAACAUGAGUAUUGAACAAAGCUAUUGCUAUACCUCGGCAAUGAAACAAACAAGUCGGAUAUAAUCAUUGGGAUUGCGCUGGGAAUAUGAGCUUUUCGAAACAAAAACCGCUUACUAAUCACGAACUUGUGUGACUCGACACCGGGGAAUACGUAUUGAAACAUGCGCGUGGCGUGUCAUCUUAUUCGGAUUUGACACCUGGAGGACGGUAGGCGCAAUCGGGAUGGAAAAAACUAGAAGCAUUCGAAAAACGGUGAUGGCGAAGAAAAAUGCUAGUAACGAAUGAAGAACUGUCGAGAAGAAUUAAAGGGGAAAGGAAAAUAUUUCAGAAAAAAAACGGAAGAUGAUGGAAUGUGUGCGCCUUAAAUUCCGAAGGACGUGGGAGUGCGGAGGUAUCGGAGGAACCGAGUUAUGGCAGAGAAACCCGGUGCGGUCGACCAAGAAACCGAGACCGCCGAGACGACACCGUGAAAUACCCACCAGUUUUAAAUUGUAUAUCUGCGGUAUUGAACACUGUUUGGGAAACGGCGUUCCGGAAAAUGAGAAAACCGCGUUUUUUUUUUCUCGUUUAUUACGAACGGUAAUUACGUAUACGUAAUUUGUUCGUAAUCGGCUGUCGUUUAUUAACGAUUUAUCGUACACGAACAUUAAAUCGGGCCCGCGCUUAUUAAUGACCCGCAAUUAAUAUUGUCGUCGGCUAUUGUCAACAAUACAUAUUGUAUAUUGUGCGGUUCGAUUUUCGAUGACGAUUCGUUUUACUCCCGCCGAACAAAAAAAAAAAAUAAAAGAGUCGUUACGAUGCGUACGGUGUUUAAUAAAAUCGCGUGAUAAUAUCGUUAUGUAAUUUUUAAUAUUUUUUUUUUUUUCGUUCACGAAAUUACUCGGAUUUAUCGGAAUAAAAAUACAACGACGAGAUGAUAAUAAUAAUAUUAUCGCUUAAACUACGAGACGGGUCGUAAACUCGACGACGACGACGACGAUAAUAAUAAUAAUAAUAUUAUUAAACUUAACAUUGGUCGGUCAAAAGCGCGUGCACAAGGUCGUCGAAUUUAGGGCAUUGUGUCCCGUCGGUAAAUUAUUAUCAAGUGGGACGUUCGGCUUGGAGUAAAAAUUGUAUUUAUAAAUAAUUCGUCUGAAUAACAGCGCGACGAUAUUUUUUUCGUCUCGCGUAUAUUUAUAUUUUUUCUUCCAUUUCCGAUAUUAUAACACGGUCGUUGUACAAUAAUAACGACCCGCGACGGCGAUCUCUUUCAUUAUUCGCGAUUCGGUUGUGUUUGUACAAUGCUCAGAACGGGAAUAAUCGCACGGCGAUUACUCGGAUGUGUAUGCGUUUUAUCGAUUUUAUGUCACAGCCUCUGCGUUUACCCCCCCCCACCGCCACGGUAGUGCAGAACGUUUUGUAUUAACGACGAUAAUAUUGCGCGCGGGCGAACGUUCGGAAAACUGUUAUCUGCGCUCUGUUAUUAACGCGUGAGAUAACGAAAAUUAAAAAUAAAUAAAAACCGUCAACAAUUUCAUUGUUACCACCGUGUUGUGAUAGCAAAAGUGACAUAAUAACAGCGUUGAUGUCAAUCGUCCGUUUUGGUUCGACCUCAUCGGAUCCUGGACCCCCGUAUUAUUUGUGCGUUGCUUUUGCGACACGGACGGCGUUUACAAUUAACAAUAACAAUUACCGCGGACGGGUUAUAAUAAUAAACGGAACGUUUAUUUUUGCGCGAACCGCUCGUUAUACCCCGGGCGGUGUAGGGAACGUGAAUUCCGGUACAAAUCGAACUCGUUAUUUUACCGAUAGCGGUUUUUCGCCGCGUAUCGCGGCGAGACGCGGUAAUAACAACGUUUGGACGCCGACCGCGAAUGAUUUCGGUCGUUACCGACCGUCGCGUUGGAAAAUAGCGGCGGUCACAAUGAUCGGUUCCGGCCGCCGUUAAAAAAUUGAUACACCGUGCGAAUUUCCGAUAUUCCGACGAGGCGCGAGCGCUUUCAAACGCGGCGUCCGAUGAACGGGCAAUUUACACAACGGUAAGGGACGUAAAGGGGCGUCGCGCGGUAGCGCGUUUUGUAAUAAACGAGUGGGCCCGUGCGACGUUUUUUUUUUUUUUUCUAUCUGUAUUUACCCGCCCGUAAAACGCGGUCGGGCGCCACUGUCCGAAUAUGUGAUCGUCGCUGACGGAUUUCGCUCGGCGCCGUAAACACCGUUCGGUUCCACGUGUAAGCAGAUUAUCAGCCGUUAUCGUAAUUGUUUCGCGUAGUCGUUGUUUCGCAACACGCAAAGAACGCCGCGUGCUCGGUAUUCCGAUAGCGCGCGAAAUCGAAUUGUCGAAGUCUGUGGGUUUUUCGGUGGGGGAGGGGGGUUCCGUCCGCGGGAAAUUAUAUUCGGACAGGCAGCAGUUCCGUCCAAAUAACAAUGUUACACAUGCGCGUAUUACCGUAACGCAACAAUGUAAUAUUGCGAUCGUUGACGCGCCGUUAUUGAAUACCGACCGACCGUCGUUUUCUGCCGACGAUCUUUGUACAAAAUUAAACCGCGUAUACGGUUUUGUGUAUUUUAUUACGGUAGACCGUGAAAUUUAAUCUCCACAUAUUUUAACGGCGUUAAUUCUAUAGCCUAACCUAAUAUGAAAAAAAAAAAACCGAUGUUUACCUACUCUUGCAGUCUCGCUUAUCACCACUACGUGUAUAUUUUGAUACAGUCCUAUUCGUUUUUUUUUUUUUCUAUCUCUGAAUUGAAAUUGCCCGUACAAAUUCUAAGGUUCUUUUAUUAAUAUAGACCACGCCUAUAGGCGUACGGUUUAGUAUUGAAUUUUUCACUGCAAGGCUAAAUGUACGAAUAUCGCGUCUAAAUUUUUAGAAAAACGUUUUUAAUAAAUGUCGUUCUGGUUUUCGGAACUCUUUGUGUAGGCGUAACACUUUGAAACAUGGAAUUAGUUUCCAAAAAAAAAAAAAAAAAACUGGAGUAUUCCGCAAUCACCGCUGUUUUUUUUUUUUUUUUUUUUUUUUUUGUAGCCAUAAGUGUAUAGCUAUAAAAUUAUCUCUUUUUUUUAAGUAGUUCGCUACUUUUAUCCACUUAAAAGAUGGAACUUUUUUUUUUGUUUUUAUCAAUCCUAUAAAAUUUACUAUCCUAUAUAUAUUAGUUCUUACGAUUAAAUUGACGUGUAGUGAAAACUAUCGAAUGGGACCCUCCCGUCCACUUUGAGUAGUCUAACUCUUCUCGAUUAAGUCGAAUUCGUAUAUUCUGGCCGAAUCACGUACCGUGCGCUCUUCUAAUUAGUACACAAUAUCUCGGGGUACUGAAUAAACGAAAUUCGCGCCGUUUUCCCGCGAAAAUCGAACCGUUGUGCGCGCCGUGCGAACACUCCCGAACACCGUGCAACAGUAUCAUUAUAACGGUCGGCAGAUAAAAACAAUUCCUAAAUCGUUCAAUGAAUCGACGUCAUUGUAACGGAACGCCCGGCCCGGGCGAGACCUUCCGACCUUCCGACUUCGGGAAAGAGCGACUGGUAAACCCCCGGGGAAACGUAUCGCGGAUUCGUCACAGUCGAGAGUGAACACGCGCUUCCAAAUUACUUCCCAGAAAUGUCAACCGGUUCAUCGUGACGGUAUAACAUUGUGUACCGUUUUCUCCGCGUGUAUCAUAACACUAUUACGACUUACACGCUCGUCGUCACAUUACCUCCUAGUUUACAUUCAGCCCGCUUCCGUGGCGGUGAGCAUAAAAACGGGCAGCGCGAGUAUGUAAACUCGCGCUGACGCUGCCGUCAAGAGCGGUAAACUGAGCGGCGCGAGCAGCGACAUAACCGGCAAUGCGAUCAAUCCGGCCAAGCAAUGUAAAAACACUCACUGCCGUCGACGCCGAAGUAUUUUGAGGAGCAAAUACGGCAGCGGCUGAAUGUAAACUGGGUGAGGUUAGGUAUCUCCGUUUUACACCAUUAAUCGCCUCCGACAGGUAUUUGCGUGCGUGUACGAUUCGUUAAUAUAAUAUCAUACACGGCGGGUACUCGGGGCGAAAUCCGGUACGUCCGGCCGGUUUUCCGUCGUGUAUUAAUAGCGACCGUGGAAUUGCCGCCGUAAACGACGAGAACCGAUUAGAUUAGAUUUUAUUUUCGUUCGGUAAAACGACGAAGCGAGGGGUGGGGGUCCACGGCGGCGCGAAAACUCCUCUGAUACUCCGAUUGUCGGCUUAAAUAAUGUUCGACUUUUAAAUCGGUCGUUUUCGGCGGGGUGGACCCGACGCGUUUUUCCCGACGGUCCGGACGGCGGACGCUUGUCGGUUUUGUUUUCGAUUGGACGUAUCAACAACGCGGUAGUAUUAACCAACAUCAAACCAGCGCGUUUGUAUUUCACGUCGGUUUAACGUUUUAACUUAGGAAUAUCGGUUGCGUUCCGUUUCAACGUCCUCCCGACGUUGACGCGUGUUUACCGUGUUCGCGUCAUUAUUUGUAUAAUACGUCGCGAUCAAAUGGUGAAUCGAGGUAUUUUCCGUGCCAGCGGCGGAUCCGCGGCCCGUUUACGGAGAGACCGCUCGAAUCGGACAAAUGUCCAAUCUACCGAAUUUUGAACUGUCGACGUGAAACCGUACAUAAGAAACCCGUGAAGCGAUUACCGCAAUAGAACUGUAACAAAAACCGUACCGCGGAUACCGUUGUGGACGCCGAUAUAGAUCGCGUUCUCAGUCACGAAAAAUAUUAUUUCAUUUAGUAGCGUCAUAAAAAAACUGUUACGUUAUGCGCGAUAAAUAUGCGACAAAUAAUAAUUUUUUUUCCCUGCGGAAGGAGGGAGGGGAAAGAGGCACUUGCACCCGGUGCUCACCUCCCGGGUCCGUCCUGGCCCCGUGUUGAUUCGGGCGUUUUUCGUUAAUCCCACAAGUUCUCCGGAAGCACCGCCGGGAGUGUGUACUGUACACCUACGUUUUGAUAAUAUACUCGCAUACUACAAACGAUUCGUACUUUAAAUCGGGUAAGACGGUAAAAUAUUAUUAUUAUUAUUAUUGUUUCAUUUCAAACGACCCACUUCGUUCCGGCGCGCGAUAACAAUAUUAUUGUUAUCUACGAUUUUUCAGACGCGUGUUUUGUUAUUAGAUGGGUGUAUUAUAUUUGUACCGACGCGUUUCCCGUUGUCCCACUUAUCUCCGAAACCAAAACGUCUUUAUCGAUAUCCCAUUUUUUUUUUCCGCGCCCGCGUGUUUCUACGAUUCGGAUAAUAUUGGGCGGGGGAGGGGAGGAGGGAAACCGCCAGCCUGCGCUCUAUUAUUGUAAUAAUAUCUUAAACAGAUUAUUAUUUCGCGAAUUACGUAACGGAAUUUAGCGUCGGUGUGAACACGAGUAGAUAAUUAUUACGACUUCGUUGGCGCACGAGGACAAUGACCUUCAAUUUUUUUCUUUUCUUUUGUAGCUAUUAUUAUCGAAAAUGUGCGGGAAUCCGAACGACAAUGAUGUUGUAAAUUGAGAAUGGGUCGUCCAGUGGUAAUACAAUAAUUACCUGAAAUUAUUCUCUCCGGCCCCGUUUUUCGGGAUUUCAUCGCGCGGUAAUUUUUAAAAAAUAAUCCAGCAAAACUCGUCGAAAGAACGGAAAAAUUUACGAAAAAUAUUCGUAGCUACAUGACGAAAUAUCGACGAUAAAUUAUGUUUGCCUUUUCUAGACGUUGUCAAAUGUUUAAAAUACGCGAUUUUCAUGUUAUUUUUAGUCAAUUGAUUUUAGUUUUUUUUUUUUUGGGUUUUUAGUAGUAUACGGAUAAAAUUAUUUUACCAAAUAUACGUGCUUCGCAAUUUAUUACAAGGUUCAGUAUAUUGUACCAUGUUGUAAUUAUAGUGGUUGAGCGUUAUGAUUUAGGUAGCUUUUUUUGUAAUGGUUUUAUGAUCUUAAGAUCAAAUAUUGACGAAAAUUAUCAAAAUUACAUCAUUUCUAAAGAUUUAUUUAUAUUAUAAAUGCACACGCGUGUACCUCUAACAUAAUAUAUUAUCCUCUUUUUGAACCCAGAGGCAGGGCCGUAUUUAGGGGGAAGAGGAGGAAACAGUUGUGGUUAAUUUUAAGGUGGCCGCCAAUUUUUUGAACAUUCGUGUAUUUUACUACAAACAUUUUCAUUUAUUUAUUUUUUUUAUGUUUAAUAAUCGUAUUUGUAGGGAUUUAGUUUUGCCUUUUAAUUUUUCGGUACUAUUUGGAUGUAUAGUUGUUUGACUAAACAGAAAUUUAACAUUGGAAAUUUAACUGUAGGUUGUUAUCCAUCAUAAGUUGCACUUACUAGUGUUACAACAAAAAAAGUUUAGAGUGCAAUGUAUUCAAUUUUUUUUAUAAGAUCUAAUUUUGAUAAAGAUCGUAAAUAUUACGGCCGUUCGAGUAUAAGGUACAAACUAUGCUCAGAAUCGUUUUUCACAGUAUCAGCUCCUUUUUUUUGUUUUUGAUUUUUGAGGCGUUCUUAGAUUUUUUGCACUUUCGGGGAGCUUUUUCGGACGCUUUUCUUUAAAAUAACAUUUAUCCAAUUAAAUGUUAUAUUAUAUUUAUAAAUCUUAAUAUCAUUCCCUGAUUUGAUGAUAUAUUUCAUCGGCUAUAUAAUCAUAGUAUCUGAUAACAUCGAUUUGAUUAAUACUGAUGUCGUUUAAUGGAUCCCUGCGGCAAUCCUCCUCGCUUCCUUGCCAAUUCCAUCGACGAAUCCCGCGAAUUUCGCCAUUACAAUAUUGUCGUAGGCAUUUCUCAUUUUCGCGGUGUUUCUCGUUAAAUUAUUUUUACCUUUCAUACGUCUUUGUGUUUUAAUUAUCAUCGUCAAUUAAUAACCCGCCGUCGUGCGUAUCUUAUAUCAGUAGAUUUGUUCGAUUCUUCUGGUCUUGAUAUUCGCAUAUAUAGAGAGAUGUCCGCCAUGCUUGUUUCGAUACCUAUAAGUCAUAUCCGUCCGACUCGGACAUUCCUCUGUACCGUCACGUCCUACAAGUUUCUGCGAUUCACCGUUAGCGAAUCGUCCGCUUUUUGCUGCCGUACACCGUUGUUUCGGAUUUCUGAUAUUAUGUUAUAGUGAUGGGCGUUUUACCCGGUGAAUGUAUUUUUUGUAAUACAAAAACCAAUUGAUGCGGUCGCCACAACACUCCGUUACGGUUGUUUCCUGACUUUUCCGUGGUUUUUCCCGGUUUCAUUUUAUAUCAGCGCGAGUAUUAAAUAAUUUGUGUAAACCCUUUGUUAAUGGCAUUCAUUUCGAACUCAAUGCCACUAUUAAAAGAAAAAUUUACCAACGUGAAAACAAUAACUAGACCUUUAUUCAUAAAAAAAAAAAAAACAAACAACUUAAAAUUCAGAAACAAGUAUAUAAUAUACCUACAAUAGAACUUGUUUAUUACAAUCAGUCGGUGCCUUUGUUGUUGACAACUAAAAUCAUUGGGCACGAUUUACAUUUAAUUAGACGGUUUUUCAAUUUCAUUUGCAAACUUAAAUAUUAUCUCCCGAUAAUCACGUUUUCUACCGUCAACGCUUUAGCCGGCAAAAAUUUAACAAAAUUGUUAGUGUGUAAGUAUUUAUAUAGACUUAAAACUAUCGUUUUACCAAAGAACGAGUUGUUAUCGUAUGUUCACACAUCGACUGUGUGAGCACAGUCGAUAUCAGCAGAAACGUUACAUGUAAACUCCUACAGUCCUAGAGGCCUUUUUACCUGUCGAAAAUAGAUAAUGUAAUCUCCUACAUAGGCCUUUUUACAUUUAAGACUCCGAGUGUAGCGAGGAAUAUACAUUGGUUUUACAACGAUGUUUAUUUGAGAUAAUUGCACUUAAAUGGGAAAAAACGUACGAUUUUAUGAUUUCAUUAUUUACACGCACGACGUUUUAUACCAGAAAUAGUUCCCUAAUGGAAAAAUGAUAAGACCUUGUUUGUUGCAUUUUGGAUAAAUUUCCGUAGAUACUUAAUAAGAUAAUAAAAUGUAAAAAAAAAAAUUUAGUAAAUAUAUUAACAUAUAAGCAUCGUAUCGGAAAUUCUCGAACAUUUCUAUAAUGUCUACGUUAUUUCCGUAAAUUGGAAAUUUAACAAUCUCUAUCUCUUAUUUUUGUAGUUUAUGACCGAUUUUUGCCUACUUCAAAAUACCUUAUUUUACUUUUUACAAUUAUUUAGCAUAGGAGUUAACGCUAUCUGUUGUAAGAGUUAACACUAUGUAGUGUAGGAGUAAACACUAUCUUUUGUAGGAGUUUACCAUCUCCCGAUCGAAAUAUACAAUUUGAUGGGAUGAAGAAAAAAAACAACAACAAAACGAGUAGGUAUUCGCCCGAAUUUCGGGUAGGUCGACGGGUUUGUUUAUCCCACGGCUCAUCGUCAAUUAUGUAUGUAGGACGUUAACCGAAAAAAAAAAAACUAGAAAAAGUAAAAGUGUCGCGUUUUUUUUCGUGUAUAGAACGCGCGUUCCCGAGAAACGAAUUGUAAAUAUUAAAACGCGAAACAGAAUACCGCGGCUUGAAAUCGAAUAACAUGUUAACAUAAAUAAUAACUACGGUUUUAGCGGUUUCGUUGUUAUAAACAUUUACGGCUACACGAUAUUGUUAGCGCGUCAACAAAGUAUAUUAUGUUUUAAUCUGUUCUCGUAAUUCGUGUGCGGUUUUUUUUUUUUAUUCGCGAACGAGAACAAAUAAAUAAAAUAAUAGCGCGCGCACUGUGUUACGAUUCCCAUAGCGUUGCCCGCACACGAAAGUCAAGAUCGUCUCGUUUACAAUAUCGUACGUGCAUUUUACAUUUAAAGACCCGAUUCGUAUUAUUAUAUUCUGUUAAAAUGCCUAAAACAUUAUGAUGGUAAUAUAUGUUCUCUAAACAAAAACAGCCCUUGAAAUAUUCUCGCAUUACACUCGCUUGGAAGAAAAAAAUAAUCAAUAAACGUCAGUGUAUGCGAUUUUUUAUUUUUUACAACAUUCCAUAAAUAAUUAAUGACACUCGCGUAUUAAAAUAGAUUAACAGUGCACUUGAGUGAGAGUGAGAAUAUAAUAUAGGCUUGUACCUUAUUUAAUUUGUUAAAACUUUAAAAUCGCGGUACGCCGGUAGCCACCAUGUUGAUAGUAAACGGUAACUUAUAACAGGUAUGCACUACGUAACACACCGAACCUUUUUGUCAAAAUGCUACGGAAAAAAGAAAUUGCAAAUGUUUUCAAAAAUAUAUUUAUCCAGGUACCGCAUGAUCAAAGUCAAUAUUUGUUUUUUUCUCUCGCGAUUUACAAAAUAUGCGAAAUAAUAUUGUCAAAUGUGCGGGGGAAAAAAAUGAAAAAUAAUAAUAGUUUUUCCUACGAACGCGGAACUAAACCAAUCGGUAACAUUUCUCGCCUACUCUUAAAAACACCGCACGCGAAGCUCAGUGACGGCGCGCGAAAACGUACAAAUUCUCCCGGGUCUCUCGUUUCCAACGAUACGAUUGUUUAUUAUUUUUCGUUCGGCCAAAUUGUUGCGGUGUCAACGGCCCGAUAUUCUUUUUUGCGCGGGCCGGGAGGGGUGUGUGUAGAAUUAUUCGCGUUUUAAAAAUACGCGUCCUCGUCCGUUUCGCGAAAUCGCCGUAUUCCCGUUCGCCGCCCCGCAAUAACAAUCGUGCUAUUUUCGUGUAUCGCUUACGUAAAUAUACCACGAUAUAAUUUGAUAUUGUACUGUUACAGUUACGAAUUAUUUUUACGACGACGACGACGACGACUAUGAUAAUAAUAAUAAUAAUAUUGUAUUAUUUAACCGUGAAUAUUCCUAUAUCUCUGGCGCGUAUCGUCGACAAAACAAAGCGUAUUUAGGUCAAAUAUUACACUGUACUGUGCGUGUGCGUGCGUCUGUAUGUUGUGCAUUCAUCGUCGUCGUAGUAGUAGUAGUAGUAGUAGUAGUAGUAUAUAUAGCGACACUGUUAUAAUAUAUUCCGAGUAAUAAAAAAAAAAAAAAAAUUUAAAAAAACCCGAUAAGAGCUAUACAAUAUUACUCAUAAUAUUAUCAAUUAGUGCGUAUCGCUAUCGUAAUGGAAAUUCGUCUGCACACGGUACCGAAAUAGACACUCGUAAUUACCGCUACUUGUUAUACUUCGCACGAUGGGUGGGCCACCGUUGUAGGCGAGAAGGUAGGAUAUUAUGGAGGGGGUAAUGUUUAAUAUUUUUAGUAUCUGUGCGCAACGAAAAACGAUUCGGAGCGAAGUUUCUUUUAUACGUGUACGUUAAUUUUCCCGAGAUUUCCCCCCCCCUCUCCGGUUAUUAUGAAAACCCCUGGUUAAGUCAAAAAAUGACCUCCUUAAAGUACCAAUAGAAUUUCCUCUCAGGGAAUGUGCCAAACUCGAUACGUGGGAGCAAGAUUUCUGGUAGAAAAGUGGCUCACAGAUAAACACCAUAUAAUUGAUAGUGUUUUAACGAAUUUUAAACAAAAGUAGGUAUAAUACCUUAACCGUACGUGUACAUUCGAACUUGAAACUCGGACAUAAAUAAAUGACGAUAUUUUUAUAUCCGUAUAAAACCAGAGAAAAAAAAAUUAGAACGCUUCAAAUAGGUAGCUACAAUAAAUAACUAUGAAAGAAAACAAACAGCCAGAAUGUUUUGAAAACUGUACUGUAACCGUGUAUUCGGUGAAAGUUGCAGGUGUCUACGAUUAUUUCCAACUGAAUUGCUUGCUACAAAAAAAAAAAAAAAAUGAAAUUAAAAGAGAAACCUUUAUUGCCUAAAUAUUCCCGUUUUCCUUCCGCCCUCUCUCUCCCCCUCGCUGACUUUUCCCAAUUAUUAAGAAAAUUCGGAAAAAAUAGCGGUGAACAAUCGUGAAUCGCGACGUUCAAGACGAAACAAACGUUUUUUGCUUCUUCCGGAUGAAAUGGUACACGUCGCAUUAUCGAAACCAAAACGCGUAUCGCUCGCUACGCGCGCGGAAUCUAAAAGUCCGUGUACUUUUUUCAAUUUUUUCCGUUUGUUAUUAUAGAAACGUAAUUCGUUUUGGUUUAUAUUGUUUUGUAAUACGCGGCGCGGUGCGUGUGCGUAGGUUGUGUUGUAGGUUUUUACGUGCGUGUUGGUCACGUGUACGGGUCUGCUGCCAAGUAUUAUAUACGUACGCGUUACAUAUUAUAAUAAAUAAUAAUAUUCUCGGGUAUCGUUAUUACGGUAGUCGACGUUUCAAAACUGGUUUAAAAUAAUAUAAUAUUACGUUUAGCGGUGUAAUAAUAAUAACGAGAAUAGUUGAAAACGUAUUUAAAAAUAAAAAAACCUAACCGAACGGUGUACCACUAUAAUAUUAUCACAUAAACAUAUUGCAGUAUGUAUAUAGCUACAUUUUUUUUUUUGAAUUUUUUUUUUCCGAUCGUGUUUUUCACGAGAGUUUUUCCACGCCCGAAAACGUUACGUUGCGAUAUUGUCGCGGGGUUUUCGCCGUACUCGCCGGGACGUAAUAAAAUAACAGGCCUCCCGUAAACACGUAUGCUUACACUGUUGCCGCAGGAUGAGAGGAGGCCUACAACAACAGCCGCGUAUAACUGUUGCGAAUUAUCGUCGUCGCUGUUGUUGUUGUUGUUGUUGUUGUUAGCGGCAGCGGCAGCAGCGUUGGAGAAAUGUCCUAGAAAACUUCUCUGCUCUCGCUGACGUCGUCGUCGCGGUUAACGGUUUUUUUUUUUCUUCCUCUUGGGUUUUUUUUCUUUCUUUCUCUACGAGUGAGUGCGUGCGCGAGUCACUACUACUACUACUACUACUACUACUACCACCGCCGCCGCGCGGCCACGAGUAGAGAGUGCAGUGGCACCUGUGUGCGGUGCCGAGCCGAAGCCACGGGCCGUGAGCCUCGCGAGUUGGAACCGGUUUUCUACUACGCGUUUUGUUGCAUAACGGUCCGUGGUCAUAAUAAUAAUAAUUGUUGUGCUCGGCCGUACAAUAUAAUAAUAAUAAUAAUAAUAUAAAUGGUGCGGCGGCCGGUCGAAACGAUACUGUAACAAUAUUUUACUCGUCGUGUCGUAUACGAAUACGAAAAAUGCAAUAUAUUAUUGUUGGUGCUACACGCGCGAUUGCAUCGACCCGCGCGUCGUGUUUCCGCGUUGCACGGCGUUGUCGUAUUAACGUCGUCGGCGAAUCGUAUUUGUUUCGAUAUUUUUCGUUCGGACGAGAGAGCGUCCGUCGUCGCCGGGUUUUUAUAUUAUUGUUAUUUAUUAUUAUCAUUUUAUUUUUAUUUUUUUUUGCGCGCGCGCGCGCCUCCGUUUCCCGUCGGGCUCUGGGAGGAAAUAGUGAAACCAAUUGGCCGCCGCGCUGUGCCCGAGAGAAAGGAAAUCACGAGGUCACGCGCCGAACUUGCUCGCGGCGCCGUCGGUGCGAAGGAUGAGCACUGAUCGGCGGCGGCAGCGGCGGCGGCACACGCACAGAACUCUCCGGGGCGCGUGUUACCGAGUCCGUCGUCGUCCCGAUUAUAUAUUACGCACGACGCACGAUAUUAUCGAUCGGCGCGACCGCGCGGGAGGGGCGUGGAGGGGGGAGAACGAGGGGAGAGGGCUUCGACCUCUCCCCCGCCUCGGAAAUGUCGUCGGCGGCACCCCGGACGUGCGUAUACGGUGCGGCCGGCCGUGCGUGCGUAUGUGUGCGGAUUGUGGCCGCAUUCCCCGGUGACGUCACGCGACGUUUCGUCGUCGUCGCGAAGAGGGUAGUCGGUAUUAUUAUUUUUUUUUUUUUUUUUAAUUUUUUUUCCUCCUCUCGCGGUUCGUUCCGCCCGUAGUUUACGGAGGGCGCUGCGCGUGUUAUUUUCCCCGUGUCGCGUCGUCGUCGCCGCGCGCGCGCGUUCGAUAGCGGCGCCGCCGUCUGCUCGUUUGUUUCGUUGUAUUAUUAUUGUUGUUGUUGUUGUUGUUGGUAUUUUUUUUUUCUUUUCGGCAAGACCCCAUCCUUUCUCCCCCCCUCCCCCCCUCGUCUGUCGCGGGACGCGUUUCCGAUCGUUCGAACGCCCGAGCAGAACGGUACGGAACGAACACAAACGAUAAUAAAAUAGCCGAUAUCGCCCCGGUGUCCGAGAAAAUUGUACUGUACCGCGCAGUGUACCGAGAUUUUUCGCCUCCCACGGCGCGCGUUGAACCGAUCGCCCGGCCAGGCGACGCCGUCGACGAUAAAACACGACGGCCGUGUACGCGGAUCGCAGUGCGACGGCAAACGAAAUAUAAUUAUGCGCGUGAAAUAUUUCCGCGUAAACGCCCGACCGACGGUGUUUACCCGGCGAAGAAGAACCCGUUUGUGUUUUACGCGUAACGCGGGGCCGAUAUGACAAAUAACAAUAACAAACAACUGUUAGUUUUCGUGGGUUUUGUGGAUUCGCGUCGAUAUUGGCCUUGGCCGCCGGUCGGUGGUCGAUUCCCCGAGAAACGCCAAUGGAAAAAACUCCCCCGCGCAUGGUGUGACGGUCUCCAAUGCGAAAUCCGUUCGUUCGUAUUGUUAUUAUCACAUCGGAACGUCAACAAGAACGAUGAUUAAAAUACGCGUGCGAUUUGCGAUUGGUGCGGGGGUUGGGGGUGGGCACUGCCGAGCGGAAACUGUCAAACCACUAGACGGUUUCUUGAAACUGUCGGACGAUCGAACGGGGCCCGUACUAUUGAUAGUUCGGUCGGAUAAACGCUCGGCAGUUUUUCUAAACUACCGAUAGCCGAAACUGCACGCUAGGCGAUACUUAUACCACAUUUCCCGAACGAUCGGCGGAUAAAACGAACAUCCUAUCGCUCGAGUGACAAUCGAUAGUAGUGAUGGUGGUGGUGGUGGUGGUGGUAGUGUGUCCGCUGCAUAAUGAUCGUAUGAAAAUAUAGACGGACGGGGUCCCGCCCAUCAUUUUUGUACGAAUAAUUUCCUAUCGGGUCCCCGGCGUUUCUCGAACGUGUCCGUUGUACUCCGCGACAAAUACCAUUACGGCGAGAUCGGUUUUGGAAAAAUACUUCGUCGGAAGUCGGCCUUGAAGUAAGUAAGUAGUCGACGACCGUGUUCGGAGCGGCCGCGUCGCGGUUGCCCGCGCGUUUCUUGUAUGUCUGUUUCGCGAAAAACAAUUAACAAUUUUACUAUCGUGUCCGUCGUCGUGUAAUCGAUAAGAACGCGUGGUGUUCCCGCGAGAACCGUCGUCAUCUCGCGGCGGGUGCGUGUGUGUACGACCGCGCGGGGGGGGUUUCUCGGGCGGGUUCGUCGGUUUGUUUUAUGAAGACGAGAAAAAAAAAACCGUCGCAGGUUCAAACACCUCUGCGCGUUGGCUAUUCGUUUAAUCCGUUUAUAUAAAUACCCGCGGUUCGCGUCGACAACCGCUGUUAUCGAUUAUUUAAUAUUUACCGUAUUUGAUGACUAUUUUCGGACGCGCGAUAAAAUGCCAUUUAAUUCGGUGUUUUCGUAAUCGCGCGUGUGUAAUAAACUUCAAUAAACCCGUUUUGCGUGGGGAAAUCCGCGUUGUCGUCCGUUAAAACACGAUAAUAAUUUAAACAAAUAAUUAUUUAACAAACGAUAAUAUUAUGUGUAUAAGUGGGUUCGGAAAAGACCGCCUCCCCUCCCCUCCCCCUGCUCUUAUGUGGCUUUGACUUGUUUAAAAUAAUUUUUCAACGCGUUACGAAAUUAAAUAACAAAGGUAUUUUUUCAGGGAAAAAAAAAAUGUACACGUCGGAGAAUAUUUCAUCGAGUAGCGUUAAAACCGUCGAUGGGUUGAGGGGGGAUGGAAUUUAAAACUACCGUUUUCGCUUUUUUUUUUUUUAGAAAUUAUUUCUUUACGUUUUUUUUUUUUUGCCGAUUUUAAACGCUCGUGUAUAAAUAUCCGUUCGUCAUUUAUUAUAAAAUAAUUAUCGCGAUAUGUUUUUGCCGGGAGCCGGGGGGGGGGAGGAAUUCACGGUGUAUAAUCGGAAUUAUUCGGGAACUCCCUCCCGCCCUCCCGUCGUAUUUGUAUUUUUGGCCACGUCUCGGAAAAACGUAAUUACGCCUACCCGUUCGCAGGCGCGUUUUGUGCCUAUUAGUUCUCGUUUGUUAGGUUUUGUAAUACGUUUAAAGCUGUUAUAAUAUUGGUGCGGGCCGGUCGUAAACUACCGGGUAAUUUAUUAUUAAUAAUCGCGUACGAAAAUAAUCGGCCCGGCGAGAACGUUGUCGUGUAAUUAUUAUUCGGGGAGGAAAAAAAAAUUAAAUAAAUGUUAAUACCGCGUAUCUACCGCAUGUUCCGACGAGUCGCGCGCGGCAUGCCCGAAUAGUGAUUAUCGUAUAACUUUUGUCUUCCGGGUUAUUAUUUUUUUUUUUAUAUUAUAUUUAUUCAAUGUCACACGUUCGAAAUAACGCGCACCUGUUGCCGCUGCCGCCGCCGCGACUAGAUUUAUUUCUCUCUCUCUUUUUAUGUUCGUCUCGAGUUUUUCUCGUAAUAAAAAAAUAAAAUAAAUAAAGCCGUUUAUCCGAUUCUUGAGAGGACGUUAUGUUAUACCCGCGUCUACUGUCUCGGUCCGACUGCCGGGUGACACAUACAAAAACAACGUUUGCGCGAAAUAAGUAAAACUGGCACAAUUUCGAUUCCCGUUGUGAAAUUUACAGAGAACGAUAUUUCGGAGGGAAUGUCGUCGGUAUUUUUUGAACUGUACACAAUUAAAAAGAGCAAAAAAAAAAAAAGGUUUAUUUUAUUUCGUAGCUUUUAUAUUGAACUGUACAUUUCGAACGAUAAAAGAAUCCCAACCGACAUUCCCGACAAAAUAUUGUUCUCCGUAGAUUUCAUAAUCGGUACUUUUACUCUGAAAUCAGAAUGUAGUUAGUUUUUCGUAUUCCGCGUGUGCACCGUUGUUUAUGCACGCUGCCACCCGGUAGUCGGACCGGGAACGGUAGACGCGGGUCUAACGGUCCUCUCUUAAACCGAGUUGUGCGGCCGAUGACCCUUCCCCUCCCCCCCCCGGUUUGAAAAUCAACGCUUGUGCCGGUGAGAACGGUCCCUAGAACAUUGUCGCCGCCCGGGCCGGCGUAAAAUACCGAUAUCACAACAAUUACACGUAAUAUUGUAUUGUAUUGUCGUCGGGCCGCCGCCGUUCCGUUCGACGCGUCCUUGGGUGUCAGAGGCGUCCGGGUUUGUUGUAUUUUUGCCGUGCGCGCGGUGCUGCGGACCGCUGUUGCGCCGCGCUCUCGGCGUCCCGUCGUCCGAAUAAUUAUCAUCGGCAGUUAACGUGUGGAAAACGCGGACUCGGCAGUUCCCCACUGAGGAAUCGUGUUUCGGCGACUAGUUUUCGAAACGCUUCUCGGGGGCACCUCUUCCGCGUUCUUCUUUUCGCCCCGGUGCGCGCGACGCGAUCGCGUCCGUUUAACGUCGUGCUGAAAGCCGUCCAGCGACGGCGUACAGAAACCCCUCUCCCUCCCACCGAAUCAAAAUGAGACUCAUUGGUCGGUUACGAUUUCGCAAACAAUAAUAUUUUAUUUCAUUUUUUUACAGAAAAAACAAAAAACAAAAACUUCUUCUGUAAAUUACGGCGGUUCGCACGCAUUGUACACCACCGAUGUACGUACUUACUUAUACCUCUCGUAAAAACCGUCGGAUUUUGUUCGGCCGCCUAUGUUUGCAGCAGUUUUAACACGUGCAUACGAAAAUGACGUAGUAUUCGGAUGACACGACGUCGUGUUUGUAAAAGUAGUUUUGUUUUUUUUUUUUUUAUCUUCUAUCGAGUUUAGUUUGGGUGGGCGAUGCCUACCUACUCACUAAGAUUUUCAAAAUGUAUAUUCGUUAUUGCGUAAACAUAAGUCGGGUGCCUGCGCAGUGAGCAAGGACAACUAAACGUUGGUAUUAUCAACGUCAUAAUAAAUUGUUGCCAAUAUUGUGGAAAUAGGAGGGGAAAAAAACCACUUCGUACGAAAACCUUGGCCUCAAUUUAUUCCAUGCAGUUAUUAUGCAUUUUUUGUGCAUCAAGUUCACCAACUGCAGCGGUGUAGAUUAAAAAUACAAACAACAAUCGCCACUAUAAUACUGUAAUAAUAUUAUAAUCUAUUUUCUAUUUUCAAGUGUUUAAACACUUUUAGUAAAUAUUAGUAUUUUUCUGUAUGUAUUUAUAUUUAUUUAACAAUAAAUACUAUAUACAAUGGUACCUAAAAGACAGUUUAAACGUAAGAAAAAAAAAAAUUGAAUAUUUAAGAUUUCGUUCGUCGUAUUUACAUUAUAUUUGUUUUUUUCUUUUGCAGAUGGGUAUGCGACGACUUUCCAGACAUGAAGAUCCCUUUAGAAAACAAUAUAUUAUGCGACUAUGACACCAAAUCGUAAGUUUUUGUUGAAUUUUAUGACCCGCGUUACCUGAAUCGAAUCGUUUAUUUAUGUGUUCUGUCCUGUAGAUACGACAGCAUGAAGUCUUUAUGCGACAGGUUCAACAAGGCUAUCGACAGCAUGCUGCAAAUGGUAAAAAUAAAAUAUCGAUUUUUUUUUCUCCUAAUUUUUAUUCAAAGGGUUGUAUAUAUUCUACACGGGGUGUCUUUUGUUGUUGGGGUGACGAAAAAAUACGAGGGUUCGAUAAUAUUGCCUACGUGACCUUAUCCUCGUAAACCAACGGCUUACAGCCUAUAGCAGCAGCAGCAGCAGCAGCCCCCUAUAUGAAUAAUACACACUGAAUGGUCCAUAAUAAUAAUAACACAAUUAUCAUGCGAAUCUCGCCAGUGCUGCCAAAUUAAAAAGAAACUACGAUAUUUUUUUUAUUUACUUUUUCUAUUUCUAUUUUAGUGUUAUAAUUAUAUAGGUAACGUCCCACAGCAUAUUAUAAUGUCUUACAUUAUGCCUUGACUUAUCCCGCGACCCUUAAUUCUAAAGCGUUCUUAUAAUGUAUAAUUAUUAUAUAUUAUGAUUAUUAUAGUACACCCAACUGUCAGCCUAUCAAACUGCACAUGGCUACGAUGAGAUACUUUCUAUAAAAUUAAUAUGGUCUAUUGUGAACCCUGAUGGCAGCUGCCCUUUUUAGUUUCUACCACAUCUCAGUUGUUCCUUACAAUAUUUGUUCCCUUAUGUAAUUUUAUUUACAACCUUCGUAUUCGGCAGUAUCACCUGCCUUGCCAGAUGCAAUAGUAGACAUUCAGACGUUAAUAUUUAUAUUACUUUCCCUUAUUCCAGAAGAUAGGUUCCUAUAUAUAGACAAAAUAUUAUAAUGUGAGACAUUUAGACAAUAAAAAAAAAUAAUAACAAUCAAAAACCAUUAACUAAUAAUUUCACUUUUUGAUUUACAUUAAAUACUAUUAAAACACAAUUGAUAAAGUUAUUGUGCGUUAUGACUAAAUUAAAGACAACAUACAAGUUAAUAAUCAUUAGAAAUUUUAUACUGUGGAGUACCUAAAGUAAAUAAUUUAAUUUGAAUUUUUUUUUUAAUUUGCAUAUAUGUACUUUCAGAAUAAGGGAACAUCUUUACAAAAAUCCAGUAUAACGGCAUCCAGAGGUCUUCUCAGACACAUAAUUCAACAAGUGUACAACGUUUCCGUCACCGACCCUGAUAAACUGAAUCAAUACGAACCUUUUUCACCCGAAGUACGUUUACCUCUAAUGUGUUUACUGUAUAAUACUAAAGUCAUAUUUAUUAAGAAAUUCCAGUUUUUCAUCUUGUUGAAAAUACUUUUAACAAAUCUCUUGUAGCUCAACUAAAAUAUUUGAUUUACUUUUUUCCAAAAAUGAUUAAACUAAUAAUGUGUUUCAUUUUAAAAAUAAUUAUUGAUUUCCUUUUUUUUUUUUAGGUGUAUGGAGAAACAUCGUUUGAUCUUAUAUGUCAAAUGAUUGACCUUAUAAACAUCACAGAAGAUGAUAUAUUUAUUGAUCUCGGAUCUGGUGUAGGACAAAUAGUUUUACAAAUGGCUGCAGCCACUCAGUGUAAAAUCUGUUGGGGCGUUGAAAAAGCCGAUGUGCCUUCAUCAUACUCUCAAGUAAUCAUUUACACAAUUUGGUUAGUGUAUUUCCUAAAUUAAUAAUUUUUUUUUUUUUUUAAUAUUUUCAGUACAUGCAUUCUAAUUUUCAAAAAUGGAUGUCUUGGUUUGGUAAAAAACAUGGCCAGUAUCAACUAAUAAAAGGAGAUUUUUUGAGUGAAGAACAUCGAGAAAAAAUAACUAAUGCAACAAUUGUAUUUGUGAACAAUUAUGCAUUUGGACCUCAAGUAGACCAUAUGUUAAAACAACGAUUCGCUGACCUUAAAGAUGGAGCCAGAAUAGUUUCAUCAAGAUCUUUUUGUCCGCUGAAUUUUCGAAUGUCUGAGCGCAAUUUGAGCGGUAAAAUUUCAAUUUUUUUUUUUAUUAAAAAAUUAAAUAAUUUAUGUUUGCAAUUAUUAUUUUAUUAGAUAUUGGAACCAUAAUGCAUGUUUCGGCAAUGGAACCUAUAACCGGUUCAGUUUCUUGGACUUGCAACCCUGUAAAGUAUUAUCUACAUGUUAUUGAUCGAACAAAGGUAAAUAUUACUAUUGACUAUAAUUAAUUUUGAUUGGAUUCAUAUGAUGGAGAGAUGCUAAUGAGAGCUUAUAUUUCAACACUACAACAUUGUUCUUCAAAUGCUUAUAAGCUUUACCUAAUAUUUAACCUUAAUUAAAUAUGGCAAACUUUAAAUGAUAACAUUUCUUUUUUUAUUAAUGUUGUUCCUUUUUUUCAAUUGGAUAUUAUUUUUUUUUCUCAUGGGAUUAUUUAUGCAUAGUAGGAAUGUAGUAAAGUAUAUUAUACUAUUAAAUCAUAAUUACAUUAUCUUAACUACAUUACUAUUGGCUUCAAAAUUAUCGACAACAAUUAACAAUGAUGAAUAAUUAUUAUUAAUAUAAAUUUGUGUUAUUAAGUUACAACAAAUAGUUAACUAAUAAUCAUACAUUUAUAACUAUACUAUUAGUUUCAUAUUAUUUAUUUAAAUUCUCAAAACAACAAUAUAUUUUAUUUUUAUUUUUUAUUUUUUGGAAUUUACUUACAAAAAUAUCUGUUCAUUAUUUUUGAAUAGUCUACUUUUGCUGCUUUUAGUAUAACAUUAAUAAUUCUUUGCUAUAAAAACUAAUAUCUCCAAAUUCUAUACUUACACUAUACAAGGAGGCAAAAGGGUAUGAAAAAAAAAAUAAUAAUAAUAAUAUUAUUUAAGUAAAUUUACAUAUGUCAUUUGAUUAAUAUUGUAAAUGUAUAUUUAAAUAAUUAAUAAUUAUUAAUAUAUGUAUAUUUUUUAUUUUUUUAUUUAAUUUUUGCCUAAAGGUUUUUUUUUUUUUUGAGUUUGUGAAUUAUUUAUUUUAUAAUUUUCUGUAUAGAAAUGGUUAUAUUUUUGUAACUAUAAAUAUGGAAAUUUAUAAUUUUUUUUCCUUUUUUAUUUAUUUAUUAUUUCUAUUUUUUCUUUUAUUUUAUUUAGUUAGAACGUAAUAUAUAUAUAUAUAUUUUUUUUUUAAUGUGUGUCAACAGCUCGAGCGGUAUUUUACUCAAAAUAAGCCUCCCGUUUCAAAAUCAAGGGUAAUUAAAAUUAAAUUUGCUUGCCAGUUUAAUAAAUAUUUUGAAUUGUAUUUAUUGAUAAUAUAAUAUGAAAAUAUUUGUUUGACUUGAUUUUCUUCAAUCUGCAGUUGGUGUCCAAUUGUGAACUGAAUUCAUAAAAAGGACUUGCAGUUAAAUGUAUAACAUUUAUUAAUAUAUUGCUUUUAAUUUUAGGUCAAUGGAGAAAAACAAAAAUCUUUAACACCUAUUUGCGUUAUUAAUAAUUCAUCUGAUGAUACAGAUUCAAUGUUUAGCACUUUAAAUGGGGAAAGUGUAGAUGGAAGUAAUACAACUGGAUUAACACCUGAUAAAACUAAAGUCAACAUCAAUGGACGCCGUGCAUGGUCAGAAAAUGGUGGACAAAAUAGUGAGGAAGAAAAUGAGAAUAAUUCAGGUAUUUUUUUAUCAUGGUACAAAUAUUUUUUUAUAUACAUAUAAUUUAAAUGUAAUAUAAUUGUUGUAGAAAACAACAACAGUAGAGUUACUAGGAAAGUAAUGAAGCGCAAUACGCCGCGUCGUAGUCGUAGUUUUAAAAUCAACACAGCUGCUUUUCAUGGCCGUUCCCAUUCUGAAGUAACUGUAACUGAGAAAAAGACUUUAGAAAAUAAUAUUACGAAAGCAAAACGAACUAUAUCUAAUGUUCGCAAACAAAAAGCUAAACGAAAGCCACCUAAACGUAAUGUUAAAAUAUCAGCAUCUUUGAAUUUACUCCAUAGUGAAACAGUAUUAAGUACAACACCUGAAGUCUCAAUGAGUAUUAAAGAACCUCCCAAAGGUUGUGUUGAUCAUACUUUGACUUCAAUCACUGGAGUUGGAGCUGGAUAUGCAGCUACUCAUAAUGAACUUCCUCCGCCUACUGGAGAUAUACCGUAUUCAUUGCAAUUAUUACUAGACGAUUAUAAAAAAGGGUUUAUGGAUAUGAUUAAUGUGUUUAAAACUCAGAAAUUUCGCGAAGAUGUUGAAGCUCAAAUAAAGGCUGAAAAAGUAAGACAAAUCAUUUCUUAUAUUUGUUUGAAUCCAUGUGUAAUGUAAUAAUAUAACGAUUUCAGGAAAAAAAACAAAAUUUAAAUAUGAAAAUUAAUCAAAUUAAAAAACAAGUUGACCAUUUAAUUAAGGAUAGUUGUAGUCUCUUAAAAACUCGGAUGAAAGAACUCGAUAUUUAUCCUACUAAUACUACAGGUGAUGUUUUAACUGCGGCUAAAGUAAUUGUAUUAAGGCAUAAAGAUCUACAAACUAAAGUAGCAAAAGCGAAAAAUGAGGUAUGUUAUUUAACUUUAUUUCACAUUAAAUAGAGACAAACCCUAUUUUAUUAACUCUAUUUAUAAUUUAUUUUUUAGACAAAUGUAUUAGAAAACCAAUAUUGGGACUUUUACUCAAAAAGAGCCGCUGAGGUGGAUGCCAUUGGUUCAGCUGGCCAAUUAUUAGCAUCUCAAAAUGAAAAUUCAACGGAUCAAGAAAUGAACACUCAACGAUUGUUAAUGACAGAACUUAUAGCCAACCGGAAAAGAAAAUACACCUUAUCUUCAUCUAUUGAAGCUGUCAAACAUGAAAUUAAUAUUUUAGACAAACAAAAUAAUGCAUCUAGUAAAUUCAAUAAUUCUUUGGCUAACCAAAUGUGUAAUAACAAAAAAUCAAGAAUACGCUCACAAGACUGGCCAGAAGUGCCAGACAUAGCACGGAUUGAUGAAAAAAAUCCAGAACUAUUGGCACAAAAAAUUCUAGAGACCGGUAGACAAAUAGAAGCUCGAAAAAUAAUUGAAAACGGUAGACCAAUAGAAAUAACAACACGGUAUCAACGCUCAAAUAAAAUGUACAUUAGAAACCCAUCGGAUACCCCACUUAAAGUGCCUUUUUAUGAUGAACACGUCAAAGAUCUCAUUACGAACGCUUUAAACGAACCAUCAUCAAAAGGACCAGAUUAUACCGUUGUGUCACCUGCUAAAGUUGCCUUACGAAGACAUCUAUCUCAGGUAAAAUACCUAUAAAAUAAUUAUAUUUCAUUUUGGUUAAAUUUAAUAACUUGCUGUUUUGUAUGUUUGGUAUUUUUUUUUUUUUUAGGAAAAAAUUUCCCCUAGUCCAUUAAUUCAACAACAAAAUGUCAUAACGAGAACAAUUGGUGAUGUAUUAAAUAACGAAAUUGAAAGAUGUUUGGAAAUGGAUAGACAGAAUCGAACACUAGAGAUCAGUAAUCAAUCCAUAAUAAAUGCUGUUGUACCACUGUCUAUGCAUAAUAGAACCAAAGAUUCUCCUAAAGCUAUUAAUCAGACAUUACCUUCGGAAAAACGUUCGUUUAUGUAUAUACCAUUACCAAAAGCUGAACUUAAACCGUACCAAGAGUCAUUAUUUAGUGAUGAUACUCCUCCACCUCAUUUAAUUACUCUAAAAGAGGAACCUGUCGAAGGGUGUGUAUUUAAUAAUGAUUUUACUGUAUUAUUUGAAAUAAUUUUAAAAAUAUGUUGUAUUAUUUAAUAGGUUAGCUGCAUCAUUGCACGAUAGACUAUUAGAUAAUGAUGGUGAUGACAGUAACGGGGAUGAAGGCUUAUCAUUUAAAGAAGAAAAGACUGAAUCAGACACACAAUCUCCCCGUAGAAUACUCAAACGCAGUUCUGAGUCACCCGUCCCACUGAACACUAAAAAAAUGACACCUAUGUCUGAAAGACUUCCAUCUGAAGAAGGUAUUUGAAUUUUUAAUUUCCGCCCACACUUGUUUUAGAUUUUGGUUUUGGCGUGUAAUUUGAACUUUUUUUCAUAUUCGACUUCCAAAUAGAUUUGUUUAUUUUUCUGUCAUACAAUCGCCUGGUUGUUUUAAUGUCGUAUUUAGCUUGGCUUAACCUAAACUUCUUAAACAUAUUUCACAGGCGUAAUUUUUAAAGUCUAGAAAACUAUAUUGUAUUAUUGUUUUAAUAUUUUUAUAAUAUUAAACAUUCUGGUGGUGGCCAUGUACGAAAAAAUACAAUAUACCUUUUUCUGAACAUGCUAAAUUUGAUCUUUUAUUUAUUUUAUUUUAUUAAUACUAUUGUUAUGAAUUUAUGAUUAUUAUUAUCAUUGUUGUUGUUUAUAGAAUAAACUUUACUUAUAAAAUAUAUAAUCAUAUGAGUUUUUUCUUGACUAUAUAAUGUCCAAACUUUUAUAAAAUUCAUUAUCCUCGUGUUUUAACAAUCCCAGUAUAUUGAUUGAUAUAUCAUAUUUUAUCAAAUAAAUAUAGUUAUGUAAAUGUUAUUAUUUUCAAUUACGGAUAUAAAUUUAAAAUAUUAUUUACAGCCAAAAAUAAUGAUUAUUCGAACAGUGUUUUAAGGAGUAAUUUAUUAUUUAUAAACACUCAUUGCAUGUUUUGCUGGUUUUUUGUUGCUUGUCACGCUUAUUAAUUUCUAUUUUAGGAUUUAAUACUCGUACUCUAAAGUAUGUCGCAAGAAGUAUUAUUUAGCUGUAUAAAUAGAGGCCUUAGCUGGCCUAGUGGAAUUGGAAUACAUAGUAAACUAUUAAGGUGAGUGCACUGCAUUGCGUUGUACAAUACACUAAAUUAUCUGUAUAUUUUGGCAUGUUUCUUUUGAUUGAACAAAACAAUAAUUUCUUAAAAUAUUGUUCUUAUUUGGUUUGGCGCAUGUACAACAUUCUAUAAAACAAGUUGUUUUUUUUUUUUAAUUAAUAAAUAAUUAUUUUGAGCUGCAGACAUUAUAUUCAUAUGUAUCAUACAGCAGUUCAUACAUAAUUAAUGAAUUCAUUAAUAGCCAUUAAAAUAUAAAUUGAUGUGUUAUAAUAAUAUUAGUUUUGUAAAAAUUGUAUGCAAUUUUUUUUUUCGUUUUAUUUAAUUUGCACGUCUAGUUAUGAUUUUGUUUUUAAUAAUAAUAAUAAUGAGUGUGUGUGUAUUCUGACUAUUGUCACAUUUAGUCCUAAAAUAAUGAUAACUGGGUUACGUAAUUAAAAUUAGAUAAGGUUAGAAAAAUAUAUGGUAUCCUGACCAAAUCUUUUUUUAAUUUACAGAAAAAGCACAAUUUCAUCUUAACAGAAUUGUUAAUAAAAAUUAAUAUUUGAUUAUGCUCUGGCUAUUACAAACAUUUUUCGUUAUCAAAAUAAUCAUGCCAAUAUUUCUUUAAAUUUCAAAACUGUUUAUUAAUAAUCUGUCAUUGUAUCUAGAACCCCAGCAAUGGUGAAAUUCGGGGUGCUUGGCCCAUCAUAGAUCAUUUAAAGCCCCCCUCCCAAUGCAGUGGUAGAGCUCUGUCACAUUGAUUUAAUAUUAGAGUGGGGCUCAAGCCUCCGAAGGUUUAUGAGCUAUUUGUACUACUGAACUUCACAAAUAAUUGUUUUAUUAUUAUUUCAUAAAGUAGUUACAAUUUGAUUAUUUUUAUAAUUCAUAUUGAAUUUUACUAAGCAGUUUAUUACAUUAUGGUACUCCUAUUUCAUUUAAAAUUCUUACUUAACAUCAUAAUGAAAACAACAACAUAAAUGAUAUGAUAAUUAAAAUUAAAAUAUUACAUUUUCUUAAUUUAUUUUAUAUUAUUUUCAGUUUAGUAUUUUAUAUUGCACUCAAAUCAAUUUGGUUAAUAUUUUUUUUAAUCAACAAAUUUAUUUAAAAAAUGUUUUUUUAUCAAUAAAUUUGUUAUAUAAUAUAUCUAUUGCAUAUAUGUAAAAAAUAAAUCCCCUAUUUCUAUAAUCCCUAGUCAUCACAUUAUACAAUUUAUUAAUUCAUAUCAUCACAAAAUUUUUAAUAAGUAGCUAAUAAUGUUGUAGGUAGAAAGUUGGGUCGGUAGGAUACAUAAAGUAAUUUCAUUUAUAUCUGUAAAUGUAUUGCAACAAUACAUCAUUGCUAACAAAAUACAAUUCUGAGUUAAACAUAUUUCGAGAUGCCAUGUUAUUUUUACUUUCUACAUUAGACUCAACUUUUUUAUUUUGACCACCAAGUAACAAUUUAUGAUAAACCAAACUAAAUAAAAACUUAAUUGUCAAAUACCUACAAAGAAUAAAAAAAUUAUCACAAUAUUUUCAAAAUAUUACUGUAGGUAGAAAAGGCCAAUAUUAGUAUUCUGUGAAAAUUUCAGGUCUAUGAUAUACUUAAUUUUAAAAAAAAAAUCAAUUAUGAAAUUGCUAAUGCUGUAAAACUUCCCCAUGUUUCCCCAAUUAUUAUGAAAAUUAUUUGGAAAUUACUUUCUCAAUGUACCAAUUAGAUCUAAAAUGCAUGGUUGGAGCAAUAUAUAUGAUAGAUAAGUUAUACUUAUAUAGAAAAAUUAUAAAAAAGCAUACACAUCGUCUAAAAACUAAUAUUUUAAUACAACUAAUCAUAUAUAAAUGUGAUUUAUAUUUCUUUCCACCAUGAAAUAAUUUGUAUACAUUAUGUAUAUAUAAAAAAAAAUUAUAGAAUACUUUUAGUUUCUAAUGUUUCUAUGCAUGUUUCUUCCAUUUCUGUUGCUAUACAUAACUUUUCUAAAUCUAUGAUCUUUAAUCAAAUUACAUAAAUAUUUUAUUUACCAUAUUUCAUUGUGACACUAAAAUUAGUUAGUUUCUAUAUAUACAAGUACAACAUUUUAUAAAUCAUUUAUCUUAUCAAUCAAUUUUUAUUUAUGAUAAAAUAUAAUAAAAGGGGAAGUUUUUUUUUUUAUGAAUACAUAGUUUUAAACUAAAGAAAAUAGUUUAACUAAUUUAUGUCUCUCUUUGUAUUGAUACUACCAUUCCAACUUUCCUAUCCAAAGAUAUUAGACUGUUAAAAUUCAGCGAAGAUAAUGUUAAAAGUGGGAUCUUGGAUAAGUCAGUUGAUAGAGCAAUCACCCAGCAAGUAAGUCGAUCUAACCAUCAGAUUUUUAGCACUAUUUUAUAGACGAGAAAGGUUACGACUUAUCUUUUUUUAUUAUAGUUUAUAUAAUUUUUCAUUUUAUUUAAAAAUUAUCCAACAGUUAAAAAUUUGAAAUAUAAAACCCGAUUUUAUUUGUAUGUAUAUUAAAAACUAAUUCUAGUGUUACAAUAAAGCGCAAUAUUGAUUUAAAGAACUAAAAAACAACUAAUAUUAUUUGUUUGAAGAAAUCAUUAAUCUGGAAAUUUGAAUUUUGAAAUAAUAUUACUUGAUUGUUAAUUUUAUAUAUUUUGUUAAACUGAUGUUAAAUUAUUAUAUUUUCAUAUUUUAGACGAGAAGUGGAAUGAUCGUAUACGUGAAAGAUUCGAUAGUUUGGUGACGUUUGCAUCGUUAGAAUUAGAUAAACGGCGACGAAACAGUUCAGAUGCAGCUGCUGCCAAUACUAGUCCAGAUAGUGGUAUUGGUCAUGGAGAUCCACCUCCGGCCCUACAGCCUCCACCAUCACCAUCACCGCCGUUCUCACCUGCUCCACUGGACGGACCAUAUAGCCCAGUACCUGCUCCAAUUGUGACCGCCCCAAACAUACCAUUAAGGUAUCAACGUCAUACUAGCCACAAGAAAAAGUCUUUUCGUGAUAAGUAUCGGUCCACGGGCCCUAAGGCAAAAGCUUGGGCUGCCAAAUGGAUGGAUGCUGAAAUUCAAAGCACAAGCAAUUUCUUUUAACGUAAGUAUUUUUGCAGAUAUUUUUAUAUUGCUUAAUCCUCCGUGUCCCUAUUAAUUUAAACUAAAAAUAUUUAUAUUUGUUAAAAAAAACUUUGACGCCUGUAUGUAACAUAUGCAAAAAUGUUUAUAAGUUGUUUAAAUUUUUUAAUUGCUAUUUGGAAAAAAUAAAUUAAAACAUUUCCGAAUUAAUUUUUAUUUUAAUAAUCUAAUAAUGUUACUCGUUGUUACAGAACCAAUCACUUAAUUUUAUUAAUAAAAAAAAAUGUCAUUUAUUCAGUAAUUUAGUUUUUUUUUUUAAUACAGGUUCCUUGUUAUUGUAUUUUUCAACAGUACACAUUUUUAUUGUAUAGAUUAAAAAAAAAACUAAAUUUUAAUUACACUCAUAAAGAGUUUAUUUUUAAGCAAUAUCUAUAACUGCCUUAGUUAGAUUUGUUUACCAUUAAAUUUGUUUCAUUAUUAUUUAUUUGUGUUUAUUUAUUAUUAUUACUUUUUUUUUUUUUUUUUUUUUUUUUUUUUUUUUUUUUUUUUUUUUUUUUUUUUUUUUUUAUCAUGUUAGUACCUAUAAUUUUAAAAAAAAAUGUAUAUACAUAAUUAUAAUGAUUUCUCCCAUAUAGCUUUUUAUUUUCUGAUUCCAUAUAGCAAUACCAAUGCCUUCAUAUGGAGGUGGUCCCCAUUAUGUUAUAAAUAUGUAUAAUACAAUUAUUUUACAAUUAAAUUUCAAUUUUUAAAUUUAAAAAAAAAAAAUGGGGGAACUUAGACUUUUUCAAAUAUCUUUUUUAUAAUACAUUUUUUUUUCAAACUGCCACUCGUUUAAAGUGUUCAAAUUUAAAUAUUGUAAACCACUUCUUUUUUUCGUUUUUUUUUUUUUGUAAUUAUUGCAAUUUGCAACAUUUUUGUUCCUAAAUUAUUAUAGUUCUCCAAUUUUGUACAGAAUAAAAUAAUAUAUUGUAGUGAACUUUUCAAUGAAUGUUAUUUAUUUCUUUUUAUAAUAUUAUUGAGAAACAUUGUACUGUAAAGUACAAAAUUAUGUUACAAACUAAAAAAAUAUUGUAAAUAUACUAUGUUGAAUAAUAUAUUGUUUUCAAGGUAAAUAUUUU